CAGGAGGCAGAGAAGAUGGGCAUCCUCAGUGUACACUUGCUGAUCACGCUGCAAAUUCUGCCAGUUUUUUUCUCCAACUGCCUUUUCCUGGCGCUCUAUGACUCGGUCAUUCUCCUCAAGCACGUGGUGCUACUGUUGAGCCGCUCCAAGUCCACUCGCGGGGAGUGGAGGCGUAUGCUGACCUCAGAGGGAAUGCGUUGCAUCUGGAAGAGCUUCCUCCUGGAUGCCUACAAACAGGUAAAAUUGGGUGAAGAUGCACCCAAUUCCAGUGUGGUACAUGUUUCUAAUUCUGAAAGUGACAGUGGUAGAAAUGGUGUCCCCGAGAAGACAAUGGAUGGAGCCGAGUGCCAUCUUCUUGACUUUGCCAGCGCUGAGCGCCCACUGGUGGUCAACUUUGGAUCGGCCACUUGACCUCCUUUUACAAGCCAGCUGCCAGCCUUCAGCAAACUUGUGGAAGAGUUCUCAUCGGUGGCUGACUUCCUGUUGGUCUACAUAGAUGAAGCUCAUCCUUCAGAUGGUUGGGCAGUACCUGGGGAUUCUUCUUUGUCUUUUGAGGUGAAGAAGCACCGGAGCCAAGAAGACAGAUGUGCAGCAGCCCUUCAGCUCCUGGAGCGUUUCUCCUUGCCGCCCCAGUGCCAAGUUGUGGCUGACCGCAUGGACAAUAAUGCCAACGUAGCGUAUGGUGUAGCUUUUGAACGUGUGUGCAUUGUACAAAGACAGAAAAUUGCUUAUCUGGGAGGAAAGGGUCCUUUUUGCUACAAUCUUCAGGAAGUCCGGGAUUGGCUGGAGAGAAAUUUCAGCAAGAGAUGA